UGAAAAGUUCAGGUACUAUUUUCAUUCCUCUGCAGGAAGCUUUGCAUGUACAUACAUGUACAACUCUGAUGCAUAGACGUUAUGUCGCUAUCUCUGGCGAAGUAGGAAAUAAUAACAAUCAUACCAUUUACCCCAGUCAAUUCCAAAAUUGCCCAGAUACAACACAGCACGGCACAACGAGGAUACCCGGUAAAGCCAUUCGAAUGCCCUAAUCAAGACUCAGGAGCUUUCAUUCAAUGCGUUAUUUUAUUUUAUUUUAUUUUUUUCUUCCCUAACCGAGCGUUCCAUGGCACGGAUAACUUUCCGUCUGUCUGGAUUAUGUUGUGUUUUCUUGUUUAGCCUUCCUCAACGCAAAACAUGUACCUUAAAAGAUAAAUGUUGAAUAGCUGCACGUCCAUGUUGAGUGUGCUCGAGAGAUGAAAAUUUCUGAUGCAUCUUUCUAGGUCGAAGCAUCACCUGCGUACACCGUGCCAGGGGUCUUGCGUAUGGCUGGCCGCGUUUAAAACCUUUACGAGGUUGAAGACAGGUUUUCUGCCUACGAGCAGCGCGGUAGGAUGAUAACACAUGACGGUUUCCGGUUCUGUUGGCCGCAAUUUUCUGUCCGAGCAUGCAAUUGGGCUUGUAUCUGUUUGUUCUCUGAAGAAUGGAACCAGACAUUUUUUCAGGUUGACAGCAAUUCCAGGGGAGUGAGUUUGUGGGAUCAAUGCUAUAUAAGACUCGAUGAAUCGCCCUAUACUCGAGACAUUAUAGAUGUGGAAAGCACAAACGCACUCACGCUCAUUCCUUUGGUGUGUUCCAGUAUAGUCAAUCGCUAUGGCGGGCUCACAAGUCUAUACUCUCCUUUUUUUGGCUUUCUUGUCUUUCGUUCAAAUUGGAUAUGCAUAUCCAUGUCCGGAUUCAUCUAACCCCGAAGAUUGCGACGAUGCCUCUGCAGUAUCCAAAACUACCACCAACAACACUGUUCACUUUAAUCUGACACUGACUUGGGAAGACUGGUCCGUGGCAGGCAAGACCAGAAAGAUGAUCCUAACCAAUGGCCAGUUCCCUGCCCCGACCCUUCGCCUGAAACAGGGCGAUGAUGUCGAAGUUCUGGUCAAUAAUUCGCUUCCUUUCUCCACGACGGUUCAUUUUCAUGGAAUCGAACAGCUCGGUACCCCCUGGUCUGACGGUGUGCCCGGUCUGUCUCAACUAGCCAUCGAGCCGGGUGAUUUGUUUCUGUACAAAUGGAACGCCAACAACCAUGGUAUCUAUUGGUACCACGCGCACCGCAGAGGUCAGAUCGAUGAUGGCCUGUAUGGUGCAUUAUACAUCCAGCCGGAUGAUUCGGUGGAGAGGCCGUUCAGUUCCAUAGCAGAUAGCAACUCGACUGAGCUCCAGGCCAUGUUGGAUGCGGAGACAGAUACGCAACCUGUCAUGCUCUCGGAUUGGCUGCAGUUUACUUCUGGCGAAGUCUGGGAGUAUGAGCAAGAAACAGGGCUGGAUGCACACUGCGUCACUUCGUUGCUGAUCAAUGGGAAGGGCUCCGUGCAAUGCUUGCCCCAGGAUACUAUCAAUACGUGGACGACGGACACCCAAAAGACGAUCCUUAACGGCUCCAGCUUGACUGAUAUGGCAUGCGUCCCUGCAACAAACAUUCUCCUCCAAGGAAACUAUGAGCACAAUUAUAGUGCGGUCCCUCAGGGUUUGUUUUCGGGUUGCGAGCCCUCUCAGGGCCCCACAGAAGUAUUCGAGGUCGAUCCCUCCAAGGGAUACGUGAGUUGGGAUCUCAUCAGCGCCGCAAGCUUAAUAUCGUACGCAUUUUCCAUCGACCAGCAUCCGGUGUAUGUGUACGCUAUCGAUGGCCGGUACAUCAACCCGAUGCUUGUGGAGGCCAUCGAAAUAUCAUCUGGCAGUCGAUACUCGAUCCUCGUGCCACUGGACCAGCCAGCAGGAAACUAUUCCAUCCGGUUGGUGAACGCCGGUGUCAAUCAGAUCAUCAAUACCACUGCCGUCCUUUCCUAUACCACGCUGGAUGCAAGCCAGGCCUCUCCUCCGUCCCAGCCGUAUAUCGACAUUGUUGCGAAUCUGACAACUUCUAAUGCAACCUACCUCGACGAAACCCAGGUAGUCCCCUUCCCGGUAGAGACUCCGGCGGCAUCGGACCAAGUCGCUGGAACCUUCAUUCUCACAAUCUCCCAUUUCAACGCGUCCUAUCUUUGGACCCUUGGCAACAGCAGCUAUGAACUGAAAUACGAGGAUUCGCAGCCAUUGCUGUUUAAUACUACCUCGAUCCCCUCCUACCUGACCAUCAGCACCCAGAACGGCAGCUGGAUCGACCUGAUUUUCUUUGUCAACAACUCUGACGCUAUCCAACCACCACAUCCCAUUCAUAAACACUCUAAUAGGUAUUUUGUCAUCGGCCAGGGUGACGGCAUGUGGAAUUGGUCUUCCGUCGCAGAGGCGCAACAGUAUAUCCCGAACAGCUUUAAUUUCGACAACCCGCAAAUCCGCGAUACUUUCAGAACUCUAACUGCGACAGGGCCGAAUUGGAUGGCUGUUCGGUACCAAGUCGUUAAUCCGGGCGCUUUUCUCUUGCAUUGUCAUAUUCAGGACCACUUGAGUGGAGGUAUGGCAUUGGCACUUCUGGAUGGUGUGGACGUCUGGCCAGCUAUCCCCGAAGAGUAUCAGCCAGGGAAUAAUGGUGGUGUGUAAUAUACACGUGCUAGCGGGGAAGGGUGCAGGA